AAAGCACAGCAGAGGCGCUCCAGUCUCCAUUCCGGCAGCGCAGGAGCAACUACGCGCCCGGCUGCGCUCUUUCCCGGGCCCGGAAGCCACGUGGGGAGGCGAUGGCCUGGCUGCCGGAGCGCGGGCGGCUGGCGGCGGGCCUGCUGGCCAACCUGGCCUCGUCCAUUUGCAUCGUCUUCCUGAACAAGUGGCUGUACGUGCGGACGGGCUUCCCCAACCUGAGCCUGACGCUGCUGCACUUCGCGGCGACGUGGCUGGGCCUGCGCUGCUGCCAGGCGCUGGGCCUCUUCGCCCCCAAGAGCCUUCGGCCCGCGCAGGUCCUCCCGCUGGCGCUCAGCUUCUGCGGCUUCGUGGUCUUCACCAACCUCUCGCUGCAGAACAACACCGUGGGCACCUACCAGCUGGCCAAGGCCAUGACCACGCCCGUCAUCGUCCUCAUCCAGAGCCUGGCCUACGGCAAGACCUUCCCGGCCAGGAUUAAGCUCACCCUGAUUCCAAUCACUUUAGGUGUCUUUCUAAAUUCCUAUUAUGAUGUGAAAUUUAACCUACUCGGAAUAAUCUUUGCUUCCAUCGGUGUUCUAGUUACCUCCCUUUAUCAAGUGUGGGUAGGGGCAAAGCAGCAUGAGCUGCAGGUAAACUCUAUGCAGCUACUCUACUACCAAGCGCCAAUGUCUUGCGGCAUAUUGGUGUGUGUUGUGCCCUUCUUUGAACCAGUAUUUGGGGAAGGUGGAAUUUUUGGUCCCUGGACACUUUCUGCUGUGUUUAUGGUGCUGCUGUCUGGAGUAAUUGCCUUUAUGGUGAACUUAACUAUUUACUGGAUCAUUGGGAAUACUUCUCCAGUCACCUACAAUAUGUUUGGACACUUCAAAUUCUGCAUUACUCUCAUGGGAGGAUAUAUUUUAUUUAAGGACCCUUUGUCAAUUAAUCAAGGCCUUGGAAUUACAUGCACAUUGUUUGGCAUUUUAGCUUACACCCAUUUCAAACUGAGUGAACAAGAUGGGAGCAAGAGCAAGAGCAAGUUGGUUCAGCGACCAUAAAUCAUGUACAGAUGUGGAUGAUGAAUGGAUUCUUUUAUUAUGCACUGACUUUAAAACAAGCAAAGAAGUUAGAUUAAGAAGUAGAUGCAUCCGGUUGUUAAUAAGGUACUGUAAAAUUUGUUCUCUCUAGAAGGAAUCGGGCACUACAUAAUCCUCAGCUCUUAGGGUCUUUGUCCAUGUUGUUUUCUAUUGUAUAUAAAUGGCGUCUUCGUUUUACAGGACUGGUCACAAUUACAGUGGCAAUUUCUAUGGGAACUCUUCUAUUUAUACCAAAUGAACUCAUCAAGGCAGAUGUGACGUUAAUUGCCAAAGGAAUUCAUUCUUCUAAUCAUAUCAGUGUUAUCAUUGUCCGACUGUGUGCUGAUACUAUGAAAUUCAAAUGAACAUUGUAGCUUCUCCAUCUGGUCAGUUAUAGAAAGUAAUUUUUUCUGAUUUAUUGAAAAGGACUUCAGUGGGUUUGUAUGUAACAUAUGUAUGCAUAUUUGUGUUCCCCCUAUUCCUGAGGAUACAGUAUGUAUUAAUUUGAGAGAAAUGAAGUUUAUUCAUGAUUCAACAAUACUCUGAUAUUCCUGCACCAUCAGAGCUUUGUAUCUUUAUCAGAUUUCUAGCUUUACGGAAUAUUUUGUCAUUCAGUACAGGGCUGGCUCCUGUAACUUGAAAUACUUUUAUUUCUGCCCUGCUUCAGGGAUAAAUAAAUUGUUUAUUUAAGACAGUGGGUUCCUUAGAGGAUUGAAAGGAUCUGUGCUGGCCCCUUACAAUGGAACAUCACAGGCUUGAACAAAACUAGAAUGUUUUAGGAAAACAUAUGCCUUAACUGAAAUUUUGAGAUGUCAAAUAGAUGUUUUAAAAAUGAGAACAUAGUAGCCUGUUUUUCUAAGAAGGGAAAAAUGUGAAACUUUAUGCAUGUGGGAAUAAAAUGCUAACUGUGGGUAACUGCUUUCUAAACCAAAUUUCUUUUUAAGAUACUUGUUUCAUAACUAUUACUAUUAGAAACCUAACAAAAUAUGGAAAUUAGCUUGUUUGCAUGAAGCCUUACUAUAGUUGUGGAGUGAAGACCAAAACCUGGAAUAAACUGGACAAAUGGAUUCUGCUAUGACUUGUUGGGUGGCUGGUUUUAAAUGCUCAUUAUAUAUAGGA